AUGAAUUAUUUAUUUAAUCAAUUCGAUAUUUAUCAUCACCUUAAUUUUGCAUCUUUAACCACCAUACUCUACAUUACUUAAAAAAUACUAAUAACCUCAUUGGUUCAAAAUUAUAAAGAAAAUGAUGAUUCAUAAGAUAACAAUACCCUAAUACAUUUUGAAUUAUUCAUUAGCUAUCCAACUUUACUAAUGCUCAUCAGUACAAUUGCUAAUACAGCAUAAUUAUUGUUUGCCUUGUUUUUGCAAUAGCUAUCAGGAUUUUCACUUUUAAUUUGUUUUAUUGCAGCGUCAAUAUUUAAUGGAAUUUCAAUUUGGUGGUCAUUAGUUAAGCUAAGAAGAACUUCCUACAGAAAGUCUAGAUUAUUGUGGAUCUUAUCAUAAAAUCUUCUGCUUAUAGUAAUUUUUUUUUAUCUAGACUUCAAUCUUAGUGGAUUGACUAUAGGAAUAUCAUUUGCACUUUAAUUGGUUGGAAUAUUUUUAGGGAUGGCCAUAGGAUCGUUAAACAUACAAGAUGCAUAUGGAGAAUUUAAAUAGUAAUUUUUGGACAAUCCUUAAGCAACAUCAAUUAAAUAAUAGAUACUUUUCCAUAUAUAUUAUGGACUCCUGCCAUUUUUGUCAUUAAUAAGAGUUAGUCAUGAAAUUGUAUUUCACAAGCUUUUCAAUAACCCAUUUGAUUUGUUGUAUUUUGCUUUAAUUCAGUUUUUCUAAACAAGGAUAAUGACUUAUAAUGAUGAAAAUUGUUUAAAAUCAAAUUGGGGAAUUAAAAGCUUGAAAUUAGCCAAAUCACCAAUGUAUUAUUUAUUGAUAUAUUAAUGCAUAAUAUCUUUGAAUAGAGUAGAUUCAUUCGAUUUUAAUAAUAUAAAGAAUAUAGCUUUAUGUGAUUUCAUGAUAUUUGUUGUUUCUAAUGGAGCAGUUGGAUUAUCCUCAAUUUUAGUCUAAAAGUAUUUGUAAGAAUAAAAAAAAUGA